GCGGGUGGUGCGUUGGCGAUUUGGUAUGCGCCGAAGGCUAUUACGACUUGGUUUAAUAAUGUCGGGGCUAUGAUCCAAGCUGGACGGAAUCUUAAGCAGAUCUAUUACAACAACGGCGGCCAUGAUGAGCUGAAGAGUCUUGAUGUUAAUGAGACUAACGCUAUUGACUAUCACUUUUCCCUGCCAUAUUUGCUGGACCAUGAGGGCAAGCCAGAUGACAGCAGUAUGCCAAAUGGUCUCGAGGCGCGAAGUGAUACAGAAACGGACGUUGAUCUUAAACACGACUAUGUGUAUAGCCAGCUUGAUCGAACGCUCUACUACAAGGCCACAUCACUUGCGUUCUCUCCUAAUACGGCAGCGGAGGAACCAUCAACAACCCUGACCAACGACACUACCACCGGCACACGCACUCUCCAACCCCGUGCAAGAACCAGCGACUACACGAUCAACAUGAUCAUCUCCAAGCACAGCAAAGCAAAUACCAAAGCCGAACCAUCGUGUCUCGCGAAGAUGCUUAAGUAUCACCUUGAUGCGAGUUCCGAGAGAGGUCGUUUCUCCUGCCGUCCGGUUGAUAAUAAGGGUAGUUGGCAUGCUACAAUGCAUUUGAUGAUUAACCAUGGGAAGAAUAAUAAGGGGACGUAUGGGACGUGUUGUGAUUAGAUUGUUCGGAAGUCGAGCAAAUUGGGUUGUUGAAGUGUUGUCGCUUGUAUGUGAAUUUGGAAGC